AUGCCUCUGGUCACGAGAAACAUCGAGCCGCGCUACGUGUGCCGGCAACCUAUUCCAAGCAGCGUCCACAGUGAGCUAGAAUGCGUUUCCAACAACAGUUUGGCCGCCGUCAUCCGCCAGCUUGGCUGUCUCAGCAAGAAUGCCGCGGACGUGUUCAAUGGUCUCUUUGAGGAGGCCGAACUUUUUUCCACCCGGAUCGAGACGCUAGGGGAUCGAGUGGACAGCCUGCAGUUGAAAGUCACUCAGUUGGACCCUAAAGAAGAGGAAGUGUCCUUACAGGCCAUCACCACUCGCAAGGCAUUCCGCAGCAGUCUGACACAGGACCAACAGAUGUUUACCAGGCCGUCUCUGCCCAUGCCGGUACAGGAUACCUACAUCACGUGUGACCCACCGCCACCACUGAACCUCCUCACCCUGUACCGAGAUGACGGAAAGGAGGCCCUCAAGUUUUACACAAAUCCCUCCUACUUCUUUGACCUAUGGAGGGAGCAGAUGCUGCAGGACACCAAGGACAUCAUGAAGGAGAAACGAAAGCACAGAAAGGAGAAGAAAGACCACCUGAACCAACGGACCCUCAACCCGCGUAAGAUCAAGACUAGAAAAGAAGAAUGGGAACGUCGCAAGAUGGGCGAAGAGUUUGUGGUGCCCAAGAACGAGAUGAUCGGGAGCUCCUUGGAGGGUCUGAAUGGCAGCCUGGGAUCAGGCGACGAGGGCCUAGACCUGAGCACGGGCUCCUACGCGUAUGACGGGUUGCCGCCACCCGGGGCUGACGACUUCUUGCCCCCGCCACCACCAGACAUGGCGUAUGGCGACAGCAACUACGUCGGUGCCAACCACAAGCGCGUCAGCAUUUUGAGUCCCAGUCACCCGCCGCCAGCUCCUCCCAUAGCCUCACCUCCGUCCAACUCCCGCCCUCACCUCUCCCCUCCCCCCGCCCCUCCUCCCCCACCUCCACCCUCUGGUUUCGGGGCGCCCCCGCCUCCCUCCAGCUUCGACGGCCCACCUCCGCCUCCACCGCUUUCUCCCUCUGGCGCCUUUCCCUCGCCGCCCGCCCCGCCAUUGCCACCCGCCAUGCCUGGCACGGGCCCUCCUCCCCCACCGCCAAUGCCUGCAGGUGGCGGUCCACCACCGCCGCCGCCUCCUCCUCCCGGCCCGCCGCCACCGUCCUUCAGCACCCCAGCUCCCCCUCCUCCCGCCCCUGCGCAGGCGACGCCCAAACAGCAGCCCGCCCCAGAGAACGACGCCCGCAGCGACCUGCUACAGGCCAUCAGACAAGGUUUCAACCUGCGCAAGGUGGAGGCGCAGCGAGAACAGGAGAAGCAGAACCACUUCGGCAACGACGUGGCCGCCAUCCUGUCGCGGCGCAUCGCCGUCGAGUGCAGCGACAGCGAGGACGAUUCGUCAGAGUUUGACGACGACGAGUGGUCCGAAUGA